AUGGAGGAAAAGAAAGUAAGGAAAGAUAUUUAUGCUAGAGAGUAUCUUGAACAUGAUGAGUUUGAUCAUCAAGAUGUUGGUGAAGAGGAUGAAAUUCAGGAAAUCAUUCCUAAAAGAAAAGGUGGUGGGGGAAGCCUUCCUGGUGGCCUUAAUAAGAAAUUAGCUAAGGGUAAAGGAAAAGGCCCUAUGGAUGUAUAUUUGCAAAGUCAAGGGCAACUUAGGCAGACGGGUAUCAAAGAUUCAUAUGACAAAGAAGCAAGAGCAAUGGCUAUUCAAAAAGUUGCUCGUUUCUUUUACGAUGCUGGCAUACCAUUCAAUGUUGCUCGUCUGAAAAGCUUUAAGGAGGCAAUUGAUGCUAUUGGAAGGUAUGGACCAAAUUUGAAGCCUCCCAGUUAUCAUGAAUUAAGGAUUCCAUUACUAAAUAAGGAGGUAGAGUUGACUAAUGAACUUUUAAAUCGACAUAGAGAAGAAUGGGUAAAGAAUGGAUGUUCCAUUAUGGCAGAUGAAUGGACUGAUAGGAAGCAAAGAACAUUAAUAAACUUUUUGGUGAAUUCUCCAUGUGGUACAGUGUUUAUGGAGUCCAUUGAUGCAUCUUCAUUUGUCAAAACUGGAGAGAAACUAUGUGAGCUACUUGAUAGAUAUGUGGAGCGUGUUGGAGAGCAAAACGUAGUUCAAGUUGUAAGUGAUAAUGGCAGCAACUUUAUAUUGGCCGGCCAACUCCUACAAACAAAGAGAAAACACAUAUACUGGACGCCUUGUGCCGCUCAUUGUAUGGAUCUUAUUUUAGAAGACAUAGGCAAGCUUCCAACUAUUACGAGAACCCUCAAAAGAGCAAUUGCAGUUGUUGGUUUCAUCUAUGGUCAUACAGGAAGGUUGUAUAAUCAAAAGACUAAUUUGCGAACCAUGAUUACAUCUGAGCAUUGGGUGAAUAGUAAAUGGUCAAAAAAACCACAGGGAAAAGUUACAACUCAUACUAUAUUGAUGCCUGCAUUUUGGAAUCAAGUUGUUUAUAUACUGAAGAUAAUGGGACCUCUUUUUAAAGUCUUAAGAUUAGUUGACAAUGAGAAAAAGCCGGCUAUGGGAUAUAUUUAUGAAGCUAUGGAUAGAGCUAAAGAAGCCAUCGCAAAAUCAUUUGAAGGGAAGUCUGCGAAGUACAAAGAUGUUUUUGAGAUCAUUGAUCAAAGAUGGGAAUGCCAAUUGCAUCAACCAUUACAUGCCGCUGGACAUUAUUUGAAUCCCGAGUAUUUCUAUCAAGAUCCAGCCAUUGAGAAUUGUAGAGAAGUAACGAAUGGACUAUAUGCUUGUAUUCAGAAACUGGUUCCAAGUAUUGAAGUUCAAGAUAAGAUUGUAUCUGAGUUACCAUUAUAUACAAGAGCUGAGGGACAAUUUGGACUUCCCAUGGCAAAAAGAUCAAGAGCAACGAGAUCUCCAGCUGAAUGGUGGAAUCUAUAUGGAAAUUCAGCCCCUCAUCUCCAAAAAUUAGCCAUUAGAAUCUUGAGCUUAACCGCUAGCUCAGCUGGUUGCGAGCGUAAUUGGAGUGUGUUUGAACAUAUCCAUAGCAAGAAGAGGAAUAGAUUAGAGCAUAAACGAUUGAAUGAUCUAGUGUAUGUCAAGUAUAAUCGUGCUCUAAGAACUCGCUUUGACUUGCGGAAUAUCAUUGAUCCAAUCUCAUUGGAUCAUAUUGAUCAUAGUAAUGAGUGGUUGGUUGGAGAAAUGGGGUAA